CCUAGGAAACCGCGUGGCAACAAGAUGGCGGCGCCGGGACGGCUCGCUGUCCCCGUGUGGACGUUCCUGAUAGGUAGCAUCUAGACUAGAACUAUGAGCUCACCUCUGGUCUCCCUUAGCAAGACCCGGAAAGUACCCCUGCAGUCGGAGCCUGUGAAUCCUGGGAGGCGAGGGAUAAGAAUCUAUGGAGAUGAAGAUGAGGUGGACAUGCUGAAUGAUGGACCUGGCUCUGAAGAGAGGAUUGCUGUUUCUUCCCGCUAUGGUGGCAUAGCUGCCCCCGUGAGGAGCCAAGACCCUGACUUCCGGGAUUCAGAGCUGAUGGCCUCCAUGACCAGGAAGCUGCAGCAGCUGGAGCAGCAGGUGCAGGCCCAGACCGACGAGAUAUUGUCCAAGAACCAGAAGAUCCUGGCCUUGGAAGAGUUGGUAAAGACCCUCCAGCAGCACCAGGGUGAGGUGACCAUGCAACGGCAGGAGGAGCUGGAGACCCUGUGUGCGCAGCUGCAGCAGCAGGUCUGGGAGAUGGAGCGGUUCCUCAAUGACUACGGCCUGCAGUGGGUGGGUGAGCCCAUGGACCAGGAGAGCUCAGAAGACAGGACAGUCUCAGAGGAUGACAAGAGGGACUGGAUGAUGGCCAAGAAGUUCUGGAAGCCAGGGGAUUCACUGGUGUCCCCUGAGGUGGACUUUGACAGGCUGCUGGCCAGCCUGAAGGAUCUCAGCGAGCUGGCAGCAGAGGGUGAGACGCAGGUGAUGCCAGUUCCCGGUGGGGCACGACUCCACGCCCUUGAGCCCAUCCCGCUGAAGCUCUACCAGAAUGGCAUCGUGAUGUUCAGUGGGCCCUUCCGGCCCUUCCAUGACCCUGCCACACAGCGCUGCCUCCGGGACAUACUGGAUGGUUUCUUCCCUUCAGAGCUCCAGCGACUGUACCCCAAUGGAGUCCCCUUUAAGGUAAGUGACCUACGCAAUCAGGUCUACCCAGAGGAUGGGCUGGGCCCAUUCCCAGGUGAAGGCCGUGUGGUGGGCUGGCAAAGGAUGCUCAAGGCUUCAGACAGGGUGGAGGAGCACCCAGGGAUAACUGCGGAGAAAUUUCUGAGCAGGCUCCCUAAAUUUGUGAUCCGACAAGGCGAGGUGAUUAACAUUCGGGGCCCCAUCAGGGACACCUUGCAGAACUACUGCCCAUUGCCUGUCCCGAUCCAGGAGAUCAUAGUGGAGACACCUACCUUGGCUGCUGAGCGACAGAGGAGCCAGGAAUCGCCCAACACACCAGCGCCCCCACUCUGCAUGCUGCGUGUCAAGUCUGAAAAUGGGGAGCAGGCCUUCCUACUGAUGAUGCGGCCGGAGGACACUGUCGGCACUGUACGCGCCCUGCUAGCACAGGCCAGGGCCAUGGAUGCUGCCACCUUUGAGAUCUUCAGCACAUUCCCACCCACAGUCUACCAAGAUGAUGCACUCACACUGCAGGCCACAGGCCUAGUGCCCAGUGCAACACUGCUACUGCGGGCACGCAGGGCCCAGCUGCCUAGCCCUGGCCCCAGCCUGGAAUAAAGUGCU